UUUUAUACGUAUUUAAUAUGUACCUUUAAUAAAAAUAUAUGAUCGGUGGAAUGAUACCAUUAAAAGAUUACAUCGUCUGUUUUAGGUAACGCGUUCUAAUGAGGUUUAUCAAUUUUUUAACAACUGUUGUGGGUUUGCUUAAUCUAAAUGAUUCAGGGGUGAUACGAUGGUCAAAAAUGUUGGUGAUAUAACCUAAAUCGACAUAUGCAAUAAGUUGUAGAUAGUGAAACGUUAUGUAGGUAAAAAACAUUCCAUUAAAAUGAAUUAUGUUUAUGAGGAGCUGACCAUUAAAGAUGUAGCAAACUGGAUUGCUUCUGGAGCAAUUAUAUUUGGUGGAAUUAUUCCAUAUGUACCUCAGUAUAGAGAAAUUAAAAAAAGAGAAGAUGCUGAAGGAUUUUCUCUUUAUGUAUGCCUUGCACUCUUAAUAGCUAAUACAUUACGUAUUUUCUUUUGGUUUGGGAAGCAUUAUGAAGUGCCCCUUUUAAUGCAAAGUAUCUUCAUGAUCAUUACUAUGUUUAUCAUGAUUAAACUUUGCAUUAGUGUACAAAACAGGAACCAAAUAAUAAAAGCCAGAGAACGUGUAUUUGCUGAUUUAGACGCAAAUUUUUUUUGGAAAUGGACAGACUUUCAAUCAUAUUUGGACUUCAUGCUGUUAUUUGCUGCACUAGUAGGAGUUCUAACAUAUCUCUUAGUAGAUAUACCAAUAUUUGUUGAAACUAUGGGAUUGCUUGCAGUAUUAACAGAAGCUAUGCUAGGAGUACCACAAUUUCUUAGAAAUUUUUUAAAUAAAUCGACUAGUGGCAUGAGUAUAAUCAUGGUGGCCAUGUGGACAUUAGGUGAUGCAUUUAAAACAUGUUAUUUCAUUAUAAGAGAAGCUCCCAUUCAAUUUGAAGUCUGUGGUACUCUUCAAGUUAUAAUUGACAUUGCAAUUUUAGCACAAGUAUACAUUUACCAAAAUAAUACAGGUGUACAUACACGAGUUCCAGUGAGAGCUGACUAAGCAUGAAACUUCAUAUCCAUUAAUAUUCUUUGUACAGUUUCUAUUAACUAAGACAUUUUAUCUAUAUUAUUCAACAAUAUUUAUUUUUCUUUACAUACAUUUAUA